AUGCCGGCGGCGGUUCGGCACUGCAGGCCAGCAGUGGGUCGGCGCGAGGCACCGGAGGCGCUGGAGGCCUGCGGCAGCGCGGCACGAUGCGAGAUGCCUGCGGCGUCACGGUGUGGCAGUCACCAGCUGGAAGAGCGAUACUGGACCACGCGCCCGAGUCGUCACUGCGGCAGCCGCGCCAGCAGGGCUAGAGACCGACCUCCUGCUCUUCCUGCUGCUCAACGUCGUAAUGUACCGAACCAGGUCCUCCGUGGUCGUCCGGGCCUCCUCCCUGCAGGUCUGCGGCAUGCGCUGCGAGCGUGCGCGGCCGGCGUGGCGAGCUCAUGCCUCGCGACCAACGCUGUGUGCCUGCACGGCCAGCGCGUGGGGCGGCGUGGCGAGCUCACGCCUCGUGGCCAACGCUGCGUGUGUGCACGGCCACCGCGUGGGGCGGCGUGGGCACAGGGCAUGGCGAGCGGGCGGCCAUGGCAUGCUGCGAGCGCGCAAGGCCGCCGUGGAGGUCUGCACGGCGAGCGGCUACCGUCGCGGACACGGUGUACGGCGGCCGUCGCGGACAUGGGACGCGGCGAGCGUGCCGCCAUCGCGGUGGGCGGCGUGGCGAACGCGCACGGCCGGUGUGGCGAGCUGGCGGCCAGCGCUGUGUGCGUGCACGGCCAGCGUGGCGAGCGACCGGUCGGCGUGGGCGCAGGGCGCGGCGAGCGAGCGGCCGUCGCGGGCACGGGAUGCGGCGAGCGUUCGCGGCUGUUGCGAAGGUCGGUAUGGCGAGUGGGGCGGCCAGCGCGGCGACGAUGGGUCUCCUUCGGAGCGGAGCGGUGCCUCAACGUGGCACUUCCGGGCCCUCCGGGGAGGCGCGGAUGGCAGCGAGGUGCAGGAGAACUGCGGUGUGGCAAGCUGCGAUGCCCUGCUCUGCUAUGCUCCAACAACGUUCUCGCGUUGUUGGACAUCCUUCGCUGGUGGGGCGUCCCGCCGGGCGCCCAGGCCGGCCUGACCACCGGUGCCAUCAUGGUUGCGCUCCUGUGCGAGGGGAUGGCGACAGAGGCGUACGAGGUCAUCGCGAAGCAUAUGGAUGCCGAGUGGUCGACGGCUUCGUCCGAGACUCUCGGAGACUCAGAGUUCGAGCGAAUACGUGGCCGCCGGCUGGCCGUUAUCAGUCGCCUCCGCCCGCCCGAUCCCCGGCUCCCCUCCCCGUCCCCGUCCCCGCACCGCGCCGCAGAUCGGCAGGGAGAGCGGAGGAAUGGUGAGCGCGUCCAGCCUCCUGCUCCCGUCCUCCAUACGGGACCUCGCCUCCUGCGUUUCCGACGGCGCGGUCCGCGUCGCCUGCACCACGCCGUCCUCCACCAUCACGGCCACCUCCUCCUCGUCGUCCUCCUCCUCCUCCCCUCCACACUCUCGGUCGCCGUCUCCUACCGCGCUACCCCGCAGUCGCCGACCUCGCCGCCGCUCCUGCUCCGCCUCACCUGGUCCCACACCCCGCUGGGUCCCCCGACGCUGUCCUUCGCCGGGCCCACCGCCUCCUCCCCCGCCGUCCUCCUCCGCCGCCGCAAGGGCACCCGCUCCCUCCCCUCCACCUCGCCCCACCCCGCGCUCGCGCUCUUCUGGGACCUCACCGCCGCCAGGUACACCGCCGCGGGCGGCGCGUCCCCGGAGCCGGUCUCCGGGUUCUACGUCGUCGCCGUGGCCGACGCCGAGGUGGUGCUGGCCGUCGGCGACCUGGCGUCCGAGUUCGUCAAGGCCAAGUUCGAGGGCCAGAUCCUCAAGGCGCGGUCCAUCCUCCCCGUGGCGCGCGCCGACCGCGUCGUCGUGGCAGCGGCACCGCCGUGGCCUGGAGCCGCCACCGCGGUGCACGCCGCAAGGGUCCGCUUCGCGGAGGGCGCGCCGGAGCACGAGGUCACCGUGGGCUGCUGCUGCUCGACCAGGGGCAGGAAGGAGGGGGAGGAGGAGCUCUGGGUCAGCGUGGACGGCAAGCGCGCCGUCCACGCGCGCCGCCUGCGCUGGAACUUCCGGGGCAACCAGACGGUGUUCGUCGACGGCGCGCCCGUCGACGUCCUCUGGGACCUCCACGGCUGGUGGUUCCGCGACCCUCCCGGGUGCGCCGUCGUCAUGCUCCGCGCCAGGACUGAGCUCAAGAGCAGGCUCUGGCUCCAGGAGGAGGCCCAGGCGCCGGCCUUUGCGCUCCUCGUCCAGGCAUUCAAGACGCCGCCUUGA